AGCUCGGAUAGGCUCCAGCUUGCCUGCGAUCCUGUAGAACAGGAUAAAGCAGCUAGAGAUGAUGAGAUGAGAUAACUUUCUACUUUCACUUUUGAUCAGACGACUGAUAGAAAAUGGCUUCGAAUAAAGGUGCUGAGGAUGAAAACUCUGACUCCGAUUGUCUGAACAUAUUACUGAUUGGGAAAACAGGAAAUGGGAAAAGUGCAACAGGAAACACCAUUCUAGGAAGAAAAGAAUUUAAGAGUGACAUGAGCAUGAAAUCUGUGACCAAAAUGUGCCAGAAGGGAAUUGGAGAAUUCCAGGGCAAAUCAGUAGCUGUUGUGGACACUCCGGGACUCUUCGACACCACGCUAUCAAAUGAAGAGGUAACAGAAGAAAUUGUGAAAUGCAUCUCAAUGGUGGCACCAGGACCUCAUGCCUUCAUCAUUGUGUUGACUGUGGGAAGGUUUACUGAGGAAGAGAAACAAACACUGAAUCUGAUUAAGAUGAUGUUUGGUCCUGAGGCUGCAAAGUACAGUAUAGUGCUGUUUACCAAAGGAGAUCAAUUGACAGAUAAAACACUAGAAGAUUAUAUCAAAGCCAGUGAUGAUGUACAUGUGAACAAGCUAAUCAGGGACUGUGGUGGAAGAGUUCACUUGUUUAAUAACAAUACAGAAGAUACCACCCAAGUUAGCGAGCUUCUCCAAAUGAUUGAAGAAAUGAUAAAGUUCAACAGGAACAAUUAUUUUACUAAUGAGAUGCUUGAGAUGGCAGAGAUGUCAAUACAACAGAAACAAAAGGAGAUACUGAAAGAGAGAGAAGAGCAGAUGCAAACUGAAAGAGAGGCUUUGAAGGAUAAAUAUGAAGAAGAACUUGAACAGAUGAAGACUAUGGAGAAAGAGAGAGAACUGUUGGAAGAGGAAAGACGUAAAAGGGAAAACACUUUUAAAGAGAAGGAAGAAGCACUGAGGGGAGAAUUUGAGAAGAAAGAAGAAGAACAGAAAGAGAAAUGGUUGAAAGAGAAUGAAAGAAGAGAAGAAGAGGAAAAACAACAAACUGCAGAGAAUAACCGCAUGUUGGAUGAGAUGAAAAAAGAAAUAGAAAAUCAACAAGCAAAAUUUCUCCAACAGCAAGCUGAAAGAGAUGAGGAGGACAGAAAAAGGGCAGAGAGAGAGAACGAGAAUAAAGAACACUUUGAGCAUCAACAAAAGCAAGCAAUUACAGAACUAAAACUCAAACAGCAAGAAGAGAUGAGAAAGAGAGAUGAGGAAGAACAAAAGAGAAGAAAAGAACAGGAAGAAGAGACAGAAAACUGGAAGAGAAAAAUGAAUGAGGCAGAAAAUGAUAAAAAAGAAAUUAAAGAAGAUAUUGAAAGAAAACUGAGAGAACGGGAGACGCAAUGGAAGGAACAGAUGAAAGAGAGAGACGAUGAAUACAGGAGAACAAGAGAGAGACAUGCUGAAGAACUGAGAAAACAAGAGGAAGAUCAGGAAAAAAUGAGGAAAAGAUUUGAAAAGGAAAGAGAACAAGAGCGAAAUGAGUGGCAAGAGGCAGAACGGAAGAAAAGAGAGGAAGCAGAGAAAGAGUUUAUGGAAAGGAAAAAGAAAAUAACACAGGAGUAUGAGGAACGGGAAAAUUUAAGGAAGGAAGAGUGGAAUAAAAGAAUCCAAGAGGAAAAUGCAAGAAGAGAAGAGGAGAGACAGGAACUAAAGAGACUGAAAGAGAAGAUAGAAGCAGAAAGGCAAGAGGAGAUCAAAAAGAGAGAGAAAGAAGAUAAAGAAAGAAAAGAAAAAGAAGACAGAGACUGUGAGGAAAUGAAAAAUUGGUAUGAGAAGAAACAGAAAGAAAUGGAGACCAGAUACAAGUCUGAGGCUCGAAGAAAAGCUGAGGAGAUUAAUGGCUUAGUAGCUAAACAUAAACAACACAUAAUGAAAUUGAUUGGCAAGCACCAAAACGAGUAUAAUGCCCUCAAAGCUCUGUAUGAAAUUGCAAAAAAAGAUCUUUCCCAAGGAAGUGGAUGUAUUAUUAUAUAAAAGUUCAAUGAUACUUUUCUGACAUUUACAUUCACACAAACAGGAAGCCAUACAUCUACAUUUUUAAAACUACAUUACUUCUUUUCAUUCACUUUUUCAUCAGAAUUAAUGAGGACUCUCAGUCUGAUUAUAUUGUCGACAUUUGAAGCUUAUUAGAACUGACUGUGCUGUAAGUUGACAGGAGGUCACACAGUGUAUUUUCCAAUCAUAUAUGAAGUUUCAGACAAUUACAGUGUUUCCAUGUUUAAAUUAAUGUUCGACUUUCUUUCAUUUAUAAAAAUUACAUUACGUUGAAGAUUUUCAUCUAUGCAGCGAUCAAUUCUAUAUAAAGAUUUU